CCUCACACUCGCAAGUAACUUACAGAGGCAACAUAUCUGGUCGCAGAAAUAUAUUUGAAUUGAGGACCGGAAAAUUAGAAAAAUAUAUAUGCUAACAAAAAAGAAUCGGAAAGUAGUGCAUCUUUUGUAAAUUGCUGGCUCCAGCCGUGGCCACCGCGAAAAGUAUGGAUCGCAUCAAGAUUGGCGAGCAGUUGUUCUUCCAGCGGAGCGACGGAAGUGUCCAGCCGGUGGUUUGCACGGGGAAGAAUCCGGAGCUGGACUCGGUGACCGGGGAAUGGACCGAGGGAGCGGUGGUAAAGGGCAAGGAGGUGCCCAUCAGUAUGCUGAUUGAAAUCAACCGUCACAUUUUCGCGGAGAACCAACCUCCACCGGGGACGGCGGGCUCUUUGAUUCCUAAGCCCUGGGAUGUGAGUCCCUCCGGAGGACGUCAGGACUCGCAGAGGAAGUCGUUGGACGGAACCGGAACAGCAAACCCCUAUGCAGAGCGCCUGGGAGCUAUGGGUUUUCGCAGUAAGCUGCCUUCCACAAAAGUGGAGAGUACUCCCCCAGCUCCAGUGGUGUAUCGUGAUCAGGGUGGACCGUAUACCUCUCGACUGGUGCCCUGCAAGCCGCGUAACACCAGUCCCAUGCAGAACCGCAGAUCUCAGGGCUCCAAUAACAAUCAGCGGUGCUCGAGUGUCGUUAGGGAGGUGAAUCGCAUGAAGGACGAGCGGGAAAAGCGGCGCGCUCGGCAGGUGGAGCAGCUGCAGGAGAAGGAUGCACUGCGUCGCAAGGACCCGGGGAAUCCCAACUGGGAGGUGGCCCUCAUGCUGCGCCAGUACCGCAUGACCCUGACCUUCACCCCGCUCCGCAGUCUGAAUCCCCGCGAAGCUGCUGCCCAGCAGAUCACAGUUUGUGUGCGCAAGAGACCCAUGAGUCGCAAGGAGGAGAACACGAAGAACAUGGACAUUAUCACGAUUCCCACUUCCGAGUCGCUGAUUGUCCACGAGCUGCGCCUCAAGGUGGACCUAACCAAGUUCCUGGAGCACCACAAGUUCCGUUUCGACUACACCUUCGACGAGGAGUGCUCCAAUGCGUUGGUCUACGCCCACACAGCUCGUCCGCUGAUCAGAACCAUGUUUGAGGGGGGCAAUGCCACCUGCUUUGCCUAUGGACAGACCGGCAGUGGCAAGACCCACACCAUGGGCGGCGAGUUCUUCGGCAAGAUUCAGGACUGCGGCACCGGGAUCUACGCCAUGGCAGCCCGCGACGUCUUCGAGGAGAUUUCCCGAGCUGAGUACCGCGAAAUUGGAGCCAAGAUCACUUGCAGCUUCUUUGAGAUCUAUGGCAGCAAGGUCUUCGACCUGCUGCUGCCAAACAAGCCCAUGCUUCGUGUUCUGGAGGAUGGCAGGCAGCAGGUGGUGGUGGUGGGCCUCACGGAGAUCACGGUGACCAAGGUGGAGGAUGUCCUUCGCCUGAUUGAGCACGGCAGCAAGGAGCGCACCUCGGGACAGACCUCGGCAAAUGCCAAGUCCUCCCGUUCCCAUGCCGUCUUCCAGAUUGCCCUCCACCUGCCCAACUCCUGGGGACCCUACGGCAAGUGCUCCUUCGUGGACCUGGCCGGCAAUGAACGCGGGGCGGAUACGCAGUCCGCGGACAGACAAACUCGCAUCGAGGGAGCCGAGAUCAACAAAUCCCUGCUGGCCCUCAAGGAGUGCAUUCGGGCCCUGAGUCGCCAGUCCAGCCACCUCCCCUUCCGGGGCUCCAAGUUGACGCAGGUCCUCCGCGACUCCUUCGUGGGUGGCAAGAAGAACAAGACCUGCAUGAUCGCCAUGAUAUCACCCUCCAUGAGUUGCGUGGAGCACACCCUGAAUACCCUACGCUACGCGGAUAGGGUUAAGGAGCUAGUAGCCAAGGAAGACGAUGCCUUGCAGAAUCCGGGAGGGACCAAAGAUAAGUCCCCCGAUCUCAACGACGAAUCCGAGCCAGAAAUGUUGGUCGAGGAGGAGGGGGAGCAGUACGACUACGAAGAGAAUCCACACAUCACCAUUUCUUCCGAGGAAACCAGCUCAUACAUUCAGCACAAUGCCAGUUCCGAUACGAACUUUAACCAAACCAUUAACAUGCCACAGCAGCCCUUGGAACUCAGGGAGGUGGCCGAGCAAUACGUAGCUUUAAUGAAUUGCAUGGAGAACCUGGUGCGCGACUUCCGUGAUCUUCAAACGGAGGAGGAAUUCGGCAGGCACCUGGCCAACUCGGACCAUGCCUUUGACGAUCUGCUCGCCAUGGUGAAUCAAACCCGAGACCAAGUGUUCAAAUUCAAGACCCAACAAUUAAUCAAGGACUUGAUGCAGAAGAACGGGCAGCUGGAAGGGGGUGAGGAGGAAAAGAAGGAGGAGGACUAGGUGUCUUCCCCCUCCAGCCCCUUCUGCAUGAAUUUAUUUUUUACCACUCUCUGUAUCUUUGCAUUUGAGUUUUGGGCGACCCUCGAACGGCUCAAAUUUCAAUUCGAUAAACAAGCAGUUAAUGAAAUUUCAA